AUGGUGGCCAACGAGAAGAACGUCUUCGCAUUGACCAGCGCUAUCGGUGCACUUCGCGAUCGCCUCCGGCACGACAUUGACGGCUUGCGCCAGAUUCACAACCGCCGCAAAGAUGGUAAUGGAUCGCCCAUUAAUCUUAUUGCGCAGCUGACAGCUCUGAAAUCCUCCUAUGGAAGCAUACAGGACUGGCUUGCCAGCAGUGGCAAUGACCUGCAUCCGCAGCUGCUUACUGACUUGGACAUGCUUGCCCACUCUUCUGAUGAGCUUUCUCGCCAUGUGAACUCGCUCAUCAAGACCUUUCAACAAUCAGACUUGCGUGCCGCUGAUUUUGCAGCCAAGCUAAAGUAUGCACUUGCUAGCAGGACUAUGGGCCGACUGCAGACGGUUGCGCAGAGGCAAAAUGAUGCUGUGAAUCUACUACUUGCAGCAUGUCACUGCACAGCACAGGCGCAACGAAAGAUUCUGCUCCACAAGAGUCGCCAAAUCAGGCAAGAGGACGCUGCAAAUCUCAAACUACUUUCACAGUCCUCAAGAUGGAAUAGUGGCUGCAUAGCAGGACUUACACAGCUGUCCACCUUCGUUCAGUGGUUAAAGCUCUUAUUCAACAAAAAGUCUGCUCAAAACCCGCUCGACAGGAACGUUUCGCCUAGCGAUGCAAACUACGAGCAUGUCGAAGCAAUCAAUCGAUCAGAAGCAAUCGACCGUGCCCUGCAAAGAGAAGCUAGUAAUCUCCGUCAUGAGACCAAGCUCAUCCUCGUAGGCAAGAUCAACAGUGGCAAAGACCUUUUGAUGCACCAAUUGAAGAUGCUAUACGCAGAGGGGCAUCAACCUGCCAGUGAACGCAUCAAGCACCGGUGUCAGAUCAUCCAAGUGGUCUACUCUCUCAUGCAAUCCAUGGCCGAUUUGCUCAAAGACACUGGUGUGUCCCUGCCAUCCGAGCUGAACCAGCAUUUCGCUACCCUACUCAACGAGCUGGAAGCUGGCAAUGAAGGUAUCACACCUGAUGCGGCCAAGGCCAUUGAUCGUCUCUGGUCGAGUCCCCAGUUUUCCAAACUGUACGACCACAACUUCGAGAUUGACUUCCCCCAAUAUGCACCCUACUUUGCGCAAGAAGUCGCCCGCAUAUCUGAUCAAGACUAUGUUCCUACAGAAGCGGAUAUCAUUCGCUUGAACCAAUCUAUGCGCGGCAUCAAGGAGCUGCGCUUCAACUGGGAUGGAUUGGAUAUUCACCUUUUCAAUGUCAAGGAGGGUUUUCCUGAUCAAUUCCGGGAGCGCUGGUUCCAUCAGCUUGAGGGAGCGGCUGCGCUCAUGUACACCAUUGAUGUGUCGCUAUAUGACAAGCCGAGCCCCACUCAACCGAACGAGUCGCUCUUGAUGGACGAAUUCAGAAGUUUUGAAAGUUGGAUCAGUCAGCCCGGGUUUUCAACCUCUUCCAUCCUCAUAAUAUUCAACAACUAUACUCGCUUUACUAGAAAGAUGCCGCACUCGCCUCUGGAGAAGUUUUUCCCGGAUUACUCACCCAGCAAAAGCGAGCCCGAAGUAUCCGCGAGGCAAUACAUCAUGCGCCAUCUCAAAACCGUCAACCACCGAGGUCUAUUCUUCUAUUCCUUCUGGGUCGAUCUCGAUACCAGCGACAACAAGCAGUUGUACUCUGCACUCAAGACGACACUAACACAAAUACAGCAACGCAGGACGCAGGAAGAAGCUCAAAGUUCGAGCCGUCCAACCCCUGAUUCGGAAGGCCACUCGAAAAGCAGCUUGUCUAAUAUUGUCCGGACUUAUAGUCUGAAGAAGAAAGAGGUGACUGAGAUAAGUUGA